UCCUCCUGUCGCUGCUGCUGCUGCUGGGCUGCUUCAGAUCAACACAGAGAGAAAGCAAAAGGCAGUGAGUGUGUGUGUAAGAGUGACAGGGAGAGAUGGGGACAGCUUCCUAUACACCAGCAGUCUCUGAUAUCUGCGGAUUAAUAUGAAGCUGCAUCACUGCAUUGGUGCAUAAGCUUUCACUAACCUAACUGGAUCUAUACAACUUUUGGCAAGAUCUUUGUUUCCCUGGAACAUUUUGGAUUGAGCACAGCACAGCUUCCUGUGUAUAUGAUAUAACGUUGCCUUGUAUGCUAAAUCUGGAUGGGGACUUGUGAGUUUUAUUCUGUUCAUCUUGUUUUAUGACUUGGGUUACACGGAUUACUUUGUAUCAGGCUGAUAUCCCAGGGUUGUGACAUUCUGAAGUGAACAGGAUCUACUAAACCCGAAAACAAGCAACAAGCGGGAAAUGGCCACAACAUAAGUCAAAUCAUACAGCUUUGCAACAGAUCAACACACGACAUAGUGGUUGUUAGAAAGCAAUUUGGAAGGAUAUCAUGGCCUUUAUAAAGUGGAUAUGGAUCUUUGUUUUGGUUAUUAUAGUUCAUGGAAUAAGGGGAAUACAACAGAGAAAAAUAACAGAAGAUUUUCACUGCCAAAGAGCUGAGCACCCCAUUAUCUCAUUCAAAGAUAUUGCCCCCUGGUUACAUGUAUUCAGAAUGGAAAAUGCUGUUGACUUCUCUCAGCUGUCAUUUGACCCUGAACACAAAGAGCUUGUUGUUGGAGCAAGGAACUACCUCUUCAGGUUGGAUCUAGAGAACCUGUCUCUAAUCCAGCAGCUCUAUAUCAUUCACAGACCCAGGCCGAGAGAGGAACCUCUCCUCCACCAACUCAUAGGUACUUGUAAAGCCUUAACUGUUGGAAUGCCACAAAAGAAAACACCUCUGUCUGAUAAGGGCACAAAAUCUAAAAACAUGCAUCAAUAUCUAAAAACAGCUGAAAUCAACACACAAGAGAGAGACCCUCUCAUCACAGAUAUUGGUCAGGCACCCUACACUCACACGUCAACCUCAUCUGACCUCCCCUCUCAAUAUUUCACCAAGGAUGACAUUAAAAAUCUUUCAACAAAGGAUGACAUCAAAGGGAUCUCUUUUGCAUCAAUCAAGCACACUCCUUCAUCCCCGGAUGUAAUAAUAGAAAGAGCACAUAGAGCGCUCCGUCGUAGGCCUCCACAAAAAGCACCGCCUAGAGACGUCAUACUCAAAUUGCUCAACUACCAGGAUAAAGAAGAGAUUCUGAGACAUAGCAGAAAUAAGCACCCGAUCACACAUGCUGGAAUCCCCUUGCAAUUUUUCCCUGACCUUAGUCCAACAACGCUACAGAAAAGGAGGGAGAUGAUAUUUUUUACCAACACUCUACAGGAGCAUAAAAUCGCAUACAGGUGGGGCUUCCCUACCUGCAUCAUUGCUACUAAAGGAGAAACCACAGUCAUAUUCAGAGCACAAGAUGACCCCGGGACCUUCUGCUCCAAACUGGGAAUACCACCACCCACACAGAUAGAUGCAUCAGCCCCACUAAGAUCAGUAACUGAAAAUUCAUUGUUAUGGGUCAGUGACGUCAAAGGUGAUAUGAGAAUUAGGUUUCAUGAAUUUGCUGUAUACACAUAUAAUGAUUUUUGUAUGAAUAUUUUAAAUUCUUUAUUUUCUUUUUCAGGCUGUGGAAUGGGGACUGUGAUGAGUCAAACCAAAACAGCAUGCUACAGCAAAGGAAAAAGUAAAGAUGAAUGUCAAAACUAUAUUCGUGUACUGCUCGUCAGUGGAGACCGAUUAUUCACCUGUGGAACAAAUGCAUUCACACCUAUUUGCACAAACAGAACGCUAAGCAACCUUACAGAGAUUCACGAUCAGAUCAGUGGCAUGGCUCGAUGUCCAUACAGUCCGCAGCACAAUUCUACUGCAUUACUUACAAUGAAUGGAGAAUUAUAUGCAGCUACAGCAAUGGACUUUCCUGGCAGGGAUCCUGCAAUUUAUCGCAGUCUUGGAGGGCUCCCUCCUCUACGCACAGCACAGUACAACUCUAAAUGGCUAAAUGAGCCAAAUUUUGUUUCAUCGUAUGACAUUGGAAACUUUACCUACUUUUUCUUUCGAGAAAAUGCAGUUGAACAUGAUUGUGGGAAAACUGUCUUCUCCAGAGCUGCACGUGUCUGUAAAAAUGAUAUUGGAGGUCGGUUUCUAUUGGAAGACCAAUGGACAACUUUCAUGAAAGCACGGAUGAACUGCUCUCGCCCAGGAGAAAUCCCAUUUUACUACAAUGAAUUGCAAAGUACAUUCUUUCUUCCAGAAUUGGACCUCUUAUACGGGAUCUUUACUACCAAUGUGAACAGUAUUGCGGCUUCUGCAGUAUGUGUGUUCAACCUCAGUGCCAUCACACAAACUUUCAGUGGUCCAUUCAAAUAUCAAGAAAUCUCUCGUUCGGCCUGGCUUCCUUAUCCAAAUCCUAAUCCCAAUUUCCAGUGUGGUACUGUGGAUCAAGGUCUGUACGUGAACCUCACUGAAAGGAACCUUCAAGAUGCACAGAAGCUUAUACUGAUGCAUGAAGUUGUGCAGCCUAUUACUACCAUUCCCUACUUCAUGGAAGAUAACAGCAGAUUUACUCAUGUUGUGGUGGAUGUUGUACAGGGGAAGGAGAUGCUUUUCCACAUUGUGUAUUUGGCAACAGAUUAUGGUACGAUAAAAAAAGUUCUUGCUCCGCUUAAUCAAAACUCAAGUAGCUGUCUCUUGGAAGAAAUUGAGCUUUUCCCCGGUGGACAGAGAGAAUCCAUCAGACGAUUACAGAUUCUACAUAGCCAAAGUAUCCUGUUUGUGGGUCUGCAUGGUCAUGUGAUAAAACUACCACUGAAGAGGUGUCUGUUCCACAAAAGUCGCAGUGCUUGCAUUGGAGCUCAAGACCCAUAUUGUGGCUGGGAUAUGGUGAUGAAAAAAUGCACAACUCUUGAUGAAAGUAUGAGCAUGAGCCAAUGGGAACAAAGCAUCACAACAUGCCCUUCCAGGAACAACACAGUUGAUGGAAGCUAUGGCUCUUGGUCUGAAUGGAAUCCAUGCAGCCACAAUGAUGGGAAUUCAUUAGGUAUCUGUCUGUGCCGAAGUCGUUCUUGUAAUAACCCCAGUCCUCAAUGUGGUGGAUUACAGUGUGUGGGUCCUACAAUAGAAAUUGCCAACUGUUCAAGAAAUGGAGGAUGGACUCCUUGGACAUCCUGGUCACCAUGCAGCACAAGUUGCGGAAUAGGAUUCCAAGUCCGUCAACGUUUCUGUAGCAAUCCUACACCUCGUCAUGGAGGGCGAGUAUGUGUUGGACAAAACCGCGAAGAAAGAUAUUGUAAUGAACAUUUACCAUGUCCCCCACAUGUGUUUUGGUCAAGUUGGGGUCCAUGGGAACGCUGCACAGCACCAUGUGGUGGAGGCAUUCAAGCUCGAAGAAGAACAUGUGAAAAUGGUUUUGAAUGUCCUGGAUGUAGUGUGGAGCAUCAAUCUUGUAACCAAAAUCCUUGCCCUGAACUAAAAAAGACCACCCCAUGGACACCAUGGACUCCAGUCAAUAUAUCAGACAAUGGUGGCCAUUAUGAGCAGCGUUUUAGGUACACCUGUAAAGCCCGUCUUCCUGAUCCCAACCUUCUAGAAGUUGGACGACAGAGGAUUGAAAUGAGAUACUGCUCAAGCGAUGGAACCAGCGGGUGUUCAACAGAUGGGCUUUCAAGUGACUUUCUCCGAUCUGGUCGUUAUUCGUCACAUACCAUUAAUGGAGGGUGGUCAGCCUGGACUUCAUGGUCUCAAUGUAGCCGUGACUGUAGUAGGGGUAUUAGAAGUCGGAAGCGUGCUUGUAAUAACCCAGAGCCAAAGUUUGGAGGGGUACCUUGUCUUGGUCCCUCCACUGAAUAUCAAGAAUGCAAUAUAUUGCCCUGUCCAGUUGAUGGAGGUUGGUCCUGUUGGUCAUCUUGGUCUAAAUGUUCGGCAACAUGUGGAGGGGGACAUUAUAUGAGGACUCGUUCAUGUAGCAAUCCAGCUCCAGGAUAUGGAGGAGAUAUUUGCCUUGGGCUUCACACUGAAGAGGCACUUUGCAACACACAGUCUUGUCCAGAGAGUUGGUCUAACUGGUCUGAUUGGUCUGAAUGUGACGCUUCUGGAUUACAGUUCCGACUACGCCAAUGUAACAUUCUCUUUCCUAUUGGCAAUCAAUGCUCAGGAAACAACACAGAAACAAGAAAUUGUAAUCCAGAAUCUAAUUUUAUACCAGAGAUUUCGGUUGCAAGAUCGAGCAGCUUUGAGGAGAAAAGAUGUGGAGAGUUCAAUAUGUUCCACAUGAUUGCAGUGGGUUUAAGUAGUUCCAUACUUGGUUGUCUACUCACAUUACUUGUUUAUACAUACUGCCAGCGGUACCAACAGCAAUCCCAUGAUGCAACAGUGAUCCAUCCUGUGUCUCCAGCGCCUCUCAAUACAAGCAUUACUAACCAUAUAAACAAACUGGACAAAUAUGAUUCAGUAGAAGCUAUCAAGGCAUUCAAUAAAAACAACCUUAUCUUGGAAGAACGAAAUAAAUACUUCAAUCCACAUCUCACAGCAAAAACGUACUCCAAUGCCUAUUUUACAGAUUUCAAUAAUUAUGAUGAAUACUAAAAUGUUUUGAUAUUUUUGGCAAGUUUGCAACUCUUAUCUUCUCAAGGCCUGCGCUCAGCGACUGGCUAGGCGUUUAGGUUUCACUGUUGAAGCUCAGACAUUUCAAGCUGAUGCCAAGACACUGAUGAAUUUUUAAAUAAACAUCUGUGCUUAAUAUCACAUUAUCUUAUGUGGAUCAAGUGGUGUAAAAAUUCCAUGAAAGUCAGUGAACCUUGUUUAAGCGGAGCAAAAAAAAUGAGUUUCUUCAUUUGCCUCAGUGAAGUGAUCAUUUGGCUGAUCAACCAAUCAACACAUUUUUAUUUUAUGUUUAUAUAUUCUAAAAGAAACAAACACAUUUUUUGUACAGAAACACUAACACAUCUUCUAUUAUCAGAAAAAGGUAUUGUAUGAAAUCAGUAUAUUAUAUAUAAAAAAAAAACAACAAGCAAGAUUUUCAUAUAUUGAUUACAUCUACAGUUGUUGGAUAUUUAUAUUGCAUUGAAUUGUAUAGACAAAACAAAUAAAUUGAAAAAUAAUUGAGUCUUAAAGGGAUAGAAAAGUCAAAAUUAAACUUGCAUGAUUCAUAUAGAGCAUGUAAUUUUAAGACACUUAUAAAUUCACUUCUAUUUUCAAAUGUGCUUCAUUCUCUUAGUAUCACUUGUUGAAAAAUAAUACGCACAUAUUCUACACUAGUGAGAGCUAGCUGCUGAUUGGUGCCUGCACACAUUUGUCUCUUGUGAUUGGUUAACUAGAUGUGUUAAUCUAGCUGCCAGUAGUGCAAUGUUGCUCCUUCAGCCAAGGAUAACAAGCGAAUGAAGCAAAUUUGAGAGUUGUUUAAAAUUGGAUGUUCUAUCCAAAUCAUGAAAGAAAAUAUUAGGGUUUCCUGUCCCUUUUAAGGAUAUGUUAAAAACAACUGUUUAUAUGUUAAGUAAGCUAAAUCAUUGGAUUGCAGACUUUUGAAAAUAUCGGAUUAAUUUCUAUAAAACAACAAAUAAUUAAAUUUAAUUAGUUACAUAUUUAUUAGCAUUCAGGGUGUUAACAAAGAUAUUUGCAUGGUAGUUACCUAAACAUAAUGUAGCACAUGGAUUUUGCAUGUCAUUUGCCAUUCCAAAGAUACUUUUUUUCUUCUGUUUUUAUGUUUAUUGAGCACAAUUUUUUGUAUGCAUCAUUUAUCAAAGUUGUUCAUCUGCUACAGUGCUUCAAUUUUUCAACCUAAUUAUCUUACUCAUCUAAAGCUUGAAAAAUCACAGAUGUUCUUUCCAAAGAUUCCAUGGGAUGAGUUAAAGAAAACAAAAAAAUAGCUAUAAUAAGCUUUUGAGAAAUUUACCAAUGUCCUUAUCAAAUAUUAAAUUAACUCCAUUUAUACCUUAUCUUACAUACAUUGCUUUAUACACACUCUUUAAAUAACAAAUUUAAUUUGGUUGGUUUGAUAAAAAAGCACAUCAGAGAAAAACAAAUUGUUGAUUAAAUAGGAGGUUGCAAGUGUAUUUUAAAAUUGAAUUCAAUAUUUACUAAGACCCAUUUUGCAACAAGUUUCAAUAAUUGUAUCAUUUAAGUCAUAGGGUAUAUUAAAUAACUUGAGAAACUAGCUUGAAAUUUGAAGGGAAAUACACUGGCUGGCAUUAAAUAUCAUAUAGGUUAAUUGGUGCUUCCGUUUAGCUGUUUUUAAAAAAGUUUUUGAAGAUACAUAGUAAAAAAAAAUAGCUUCCAUUGUUAUCAUGAAUGAUUGUGGCUCUUAAUACAGCUUUCAUUCUUUUUUCUUGAAAAAAAAAAGAAGAAAAAAAUUCCUUUUUUCUUUUGUUCAUAAGCAUCAAUAAGUUUGCAAAUUGAGGUGAAGAAUUUAAGGUGCUUUAUUUAUUGGUGGAGACUGGAGAUGCUAUAAACUGUGCAAUUUGAAUACAAAUCAAGUGAACCACUGAAUACAUGUAAAAAAAAACAACUGGACUUGAAAGUUGUUUAUUGAGAUAUUUUCAAUGGAAUUGAUCAUUGAUAAAGAAAAACAGAUGAUUCCAUUAGGUUUCUGAUGCAAACUUGUAGUAUGGUUAAGAGUCCGCAUGUUGAUAAAUUUCAUUCUAUUUGUGGUGCAUUCAACCACAGAUAUUCACGUUGCAGUGCCUUUCUUACUUGUAUCUGCAGAAACAACCUCAAAAUAUGAGUUAACUAGCAAAUGUUAGUUCAAAAUAUUGUCUAUUUAAUGAUAGACAAAGGUAUUUGAAUAAUUUAUUUUGAAUACAUUUCUGUGAGGUGCAUUGUUAUGUAAUAUCAAACAUGAAAUAUAAUUUCUUUUUACAUGUUUUUGGUAGCAUAAAUUAUAGUUCAUUGUAAAGAUGUAUCAUCCAACCAUAUCUCUUAUCAAACAUUUAGUAAUGUACAGGAGGCUUUUUAGGAGAAUUGUAUUGUAUUGUAUUAUUAUAGCAUUACUGUAUGUUAUAAAAAUAUGUUUUCUGUUUUAAAUUGUAUGCUUAGAUAUUCAAUGUAUGUUUAAAAUGUAAAUUCCAUCAUACUCAACAGCAGUGGAACAAUUAAGUGUUUAUUCCAGAACAUUUGUGAAAUCAAAAACAUUUGUAGAGCUAAUUCAUUUUAAUUAUAUUAGUAUUUAAUAGAUAUCUGGCUAAAAACAAGACAGCUGAUUUCUAAUCUCUGUAAAACAUGAAUAUUGUGCAAGAUUUGCACUGCUUUCAAAUUCAUUGAAACAUCCAAACAGCAUUUUAAAGACAUAUCAGGACAAAUUGAGAUCUCUCUGGUAUUAUAUAUUAUUGUACUGUAACAAUUUGCACCUGUAAAUGUGUUUGCAUGUUUGGAUACUUGAAUGUGAAGCAUUGUAAACAAAAUAUGACUGAUGCACAAUUUUUAACCUUUUUCUUAACUUUCAUCCUAUAUUUACUAUUUUGAAAUUUAAUAUAGUCUCUGGGAAGCAAUGUAGAUUAAAGUAAAGAGAUAGGGAAUUAGUUGAUUAACUUUACAUUGCAAAAAGUGCAAAGUGUUAGCAAAAUUAAAACAUUUAGAUUUUUUUUUAAUAAUGCAAAUUUACCUUAUGAGCUUUUUUUUUUUUUUUUAAGUAGAACUCAUAUUCUUUGUUCAGUGCUUAUUUUGAUUUAGUCCAUGGGUAUAGGGCUGGUAUAACCUCUCACAAGCUAUAUUAAUGGCAGUUUCAAAAUUGAAAUAAAAAAAAUAUAUAGUGAUGGUAGCUGGCCAAUUUAUACAUAAGUAGUUGUUUACUGUUUAAUUAAUUUUAAAGUUAGUGCAUCACUUCCGUAUCUCCUUAAAGGGAUAGUAAAGUCCAAACUAAACUUUCAUGAUUCAGAUAGGGCAUGUCAUUUUAAACAACUUUCUAAUUUACUUUUAUCAUCAAAUGUGCUUUGUACUCUUGGUAUUCUUAGUUGAAAGCUAAACCUAAAUAGGCUCAUAUGCUAAUUUCUAAGCCCUUGAAGGCCGCCUCUGCAUUUGACAGUUUGUCACAGCUAGAGGGCAUUAGUUCAUGUGUUUCAUAUAGAUAAUAUUGUGCUCAUGCACGUGAAGUUAUUUAUGAGUCGGCAUUAACUGCCUGAAAUGCAUGUCUGUCAAAAGAUCUGGGAUAAGGAGGCAUUCAGCAGAAGCUUAGAUACAAGGUAAUUACAGAGGUAAAAAGUAUAUUAAUAUAACUGUGUUGGUUAUGCAAAACUGGGGAAUGGGUAAUAAAGGGAUUAUCUAUCUUUUUAAACAAUAACAUUUUUGGUGUUUACCAUCCCUUUAAAGCUUUGUCACACUCUAGUUUGUAAAAAAUGUUUAUUUCCAUUUACUGAGUUUAUGUGCAGAAAAUAUAUGAAGACCAACUAUCGAACUGUACUGGUUAUUAAAGAAGAUAUAUAAAAAUAACCAUACUUGUUGGUACUGGGCAUUGGAUUUUAUUAAUUGUAUUUACUGUAUAUCAGUUAUGCAUCAUCAUUAAGCCAGCACUGUUUUAUCCAUGCUUAUUUUCUCUGAUUUUCCUUUGUUUUUUCUCCUUUUUUUGUAUAUACAUUUGUAUAAUUUAAAACUUUAUUAUUAACUCACAGUAAGAUAUUUUUUUAGCAUUGGCUAUAAAAUGGAGCAGGAACAUCCAAAUUCAUGAACAGCACAGUCUAAAUCACAUUCAUAUUAAGAUACUGCUUCAUUUAACUAAUACAAAAAUAAAAAUAUUUUAUGCUACCACUGCCAAAA